AGUUUUAGUACCAAAAUAUAUUCACGUUAAUCUCUAAUUAUUUCUACAAGAAUUGUAUUUACAACAUAUUUACAUAUUAAAAGUGUUGUUUUACUUAAAUUCUAAAAUAUAUAGUAGUGAUUGACACUUUAAUUUUGCUCAAUGUACCUCAUUACAUUAACUUUACCCUUAAAUGUCAGCUACUAUGCCAAAACAUCAUCAUAAGGGUCAUUCAUUGUUUUAUUUCUAAUUGAGCAAGGAUGACAUCAAAAGUAAUAAAAUACAGUGAGGAAGACAUGACCAAAGCACUAGAAGCUGUAAAGUCAGGAUAUUCAGUAUCCAGCCAAAUCAUAUAACCAAGAACCACUCUUUUAUACAAACAUACAGGAAAAUAUCCUGUUCAAAGAAAGAUGGAUUCCUUUUGCAAUUGUAACUCAAACAGAAGAGCAAUGGUUACAAUUUUAAAGAAAUCUAUAACUGCGCAUAUCAAUUCAGAUGAUAACGAAGAUUUGUGGAAUGAAUAUAAUGAUGAAGAAACGAGAUUUGUUCAGCCUCAGAAUGCUGGAUUCCGUCCAUUGCCAGGUUUUAGUGCUCGUCCUGUUUCGAACUCUGACUUACCAUUUGGAAAAUGGAAGUUUUUCAAUGAAGAGAAAUAUGAUCAAGAAUGUCCACCACUUUACUUAAUAGCCAAGGAGUGUGCUGCUUUAGGGGGAAUUAUGCCAGAAGGAAAUCUAAAAAAUAUUCUUCUAAGGGCUUGCAAUUGGCUAGAAAUUUGUUAUUCAUGUGGUAAAAAUAAUGGACUUCAACUCGACGACUGCGACACGGGAUUCUUGUAUGGUAUUCGCUCGGUAUGUGAAGGUGACGUUCCUUGCCAGGCCACCGGAAGACUACUACUACUGUCUCUUCGUCAGACUGGAAUCUCACAGAGAUCUCUGACAUCAGUAUGUAAUGCCGAUCGUUGCAUAGAACAGUUCCUCCUCCAGCCUUCUCCUUGAUGUCCAGGAUUUUUCAUAUAUUAGUCACUCGGAGCAAUAAUCUACAUUACAUUUAGGUAACAUUCUUAAAGAAAAAACAAAACUCAGUUCAAAGUAAAAUUCAUAAUAGUAAAAUAGCCAUUUUUGCAUACACAAAGCCAUUUGAUAAGAUUUGCACCUAUUUAUUUAAUUACGUAGCCAAAUUAUUUUAUUUAAAAUAUUUUUUUUACUUACUUAAUGGUAGUUUUGUUUGUAUAUUGUACAUAUAAAUCAUUUGCAUUUAUGCUAAUACUAAGGUUUUCGUCCAUCAAAAAAUAGUCUUUGUGAUCUUGUAAAUAUUCGGCGCUGUAUAAGAGUGUCGAUAAUAACACGAAUGUCCCUUAUACAAUUUAUCCAUAAAUCUGUAUUGAAGGUUUUUUCCUGUAUCCUAAAUUUAUUUUCCAGUCUUAGGUCGAUCGUAGCACCCACUCAAUAUGAUUUGACAAAUUUUCUGCAUUCUCAUUGGCAAGUGGAGUAACUAAGGGGGAAAGAUGUGCACGUGCCCCGCGCCCCAACCUUGAGGGCACCAAAAUGAACCCAUGGAAUGUUUUUGUAAUUAAAAUUGAAUCAGGGACGGUUUGUCUCAGGGGCUAAAACUAUUCGGCCCUGAUAAUCGGUCGCCAUUUUUGAUGUAGUUUCUUAGAGAUUCGAAAUAUUAAAAAAUAAUGAAAAAGUUUA